AGAGGUCGCGCGCUAGCCAUGUUCUUUUUGUUUUCUCGGUGGAAGUACAAGCAGCGCUAGGAGGAGGUGUGGAGUCGCUGGCGAGUAACUAACUACAUGACUGAACGGCGAACCACAACGACUUACCCAGUCAUGCUCAGUUGUAAUAGUUCCUGCCAAGUAGUGGAACUCACUUCUGUGGCUUCUUAAUUAUUAAGUUUUGGUGACAAGAUCUGUCGUAUGGGUGUGAAUUACUUAGUCAGCUAUUGUGUAAAAAUAUAAAUAUUUGUUACGUGUGGUUACGUUGAUUAUCGCUGCAUUAAUUCGUGAUUCCAACAUGACGCGCUAAAAGGUUACAUCUCAGAUUACCAUUGACAAUUCCGACCUCGAGAAACAUUAAUGCUCAUUGAAUGAAUAAAGAUGUCGUCAAAGGACAUGAUAUUGAAGCAGUUGGACCUCGUUCGGUCUGAGACCGUGUCUCACCACCUCCAAAGACCCGUCGAUAAAAUUAGCAGUUCUUCCAUAACACUGACCCUGAAGUCAGAAGAAUACUCCGUCGAAGACUCUGACCUUUUCAUUAAUGGAACAACCGAAACUCAACGCAAAGACAACGUGCUUCGGAAUGGAACUAUCGAUAACUGCAAAUUGGAACGCGCCGUUAGGACGAUAGAGGCUGUAAGCUUCCUCAGUGAUUUCGAUGCUCCUGCAGACCUGGAAGCAACUUCUUGCACGUCACACAAGCAUUUGCACGAUGAACCUAUCAAAGUGCUUGGUACAUCGUCAGAUUGUCACAGGUCAUCGGAUCCCAUCCAAAGUUCCUGUCCGCUAGGCACGUCAUCAGACAAGCUUCGUUCUACGAGUGGACCAAAUGUGUCCCGUGUACUCCAUGUGGCGGACGAACCUUCGGACAUACCCACGCCGCUUGAUCAAGAUGGUCUGUUAGACCCUGUUCCUGUCCAAUCCCAACUUAUUCCGUGUGCUCCCACUCAUAACAGAAGUUUGUCACAAACGACAUCUCAGUUGACGAAUCUGAAAGAAAGCACCAAAUCUGAGAAUUUUGAAGACAUCUGCGUGAGUAAUUUGUUGCAAGGGUCGCGUGAUACAUACCCUGUAAAUAUAUCAGGAAAUAAGAAUCUGUCCGAUGCUCCCAGUUUGGGGAGCUUAGUUGUAGACAAGCCACAGAUCAGUUUAUCUGACAUUUGUGACUUGAAGACCGUGCAGGACCCCAGAAGCCCGACUGAAGAAAGUGUUGGGUCAGAUGGCUCACACGCGAGUGAGGAAACUGACCUUGAGAGUUUUCCCGACCAAUCCCAGUGUCCCAGCUUGGAAUCUGAAGUUGAUUUACCACAUUUAACACACUCGCCUUAUCCUGACUGGAAGUUGGAUCGUCGUGAAUCAGGCCACCUCUACUGGCGUAGAGAUUCUGCAACAUUAAACGGCACUGAUCCAAGUAGUCGUGUCAAAUUUCGUUAUGACAUUGAAAUACACGAGUUCGAAUCUCGUAGUAGUGGAGCUGAGGAUUUCGCUGAGGAAGAUGAUGACGCAUGUUAUGAUAGUUAUGAUGAUUAUGAUGACGAUGACAUUGGAGUCCGGAAGGUAGACAAGCUUUGUGAACCAAAAUCGCAGACUCCCGCCUGCAGGAAAGAUGAAUCCUCGUCACUAGGUUCGACAGCAGUCUUGUGUGUUGUUGCUGUUACUGGAAUAAUUGUGAUGGCUUCAUACCGGUGGUUUUUGGGCAUUCUGUCGCUCAUUUGAUUGUGUAACACCAGAAGACGUAAGGAAAUAACUUUAAGAACAUGUAUUGUAACAGUUGUUAAUUUUUAAACCACUCUAUUUGUUCCAUAUUUGUUACCUGGUUGAGAAAAUUUUGUGUAUAUAUCGUGCAAGUAUGUAACAAACCCUGUCUUGAUGUUGAUAA